AUGUCUCAAAGCAAACCCGAAUCUGGACCACAGUCUCCACCUCCCCCAUACUCCACACCCGCCACAGCACAGACACCCUCGUCGUGCCUCCAAUACGAUGGGGCCACCCUUCAGUGCAAACAUACCGCACUGGAAAAGGACAAGCCCGGCAUCAACCCAAGACAGUCUACAUACGACGACGAAAAGCUCAACUGUCAGUGUGAACGUCACAUAAAGGAAACAGAAGAGCUGAAUCUCCUGACACCAAAACGCGAGAUUUGCAAGGAAGACGGGGAAUGGAAAUGGAAGACAAAAAAGGGGGACAUCAAACGGAAAUGGGCGACGAAAAAAGCUGAUAUGAAACGAAAAUGGGAGAAGGCAAAGGACGAUAUGAGAACGAAGACAAAGGAGGAUGGGGCGCACUCAUAUACACCAUUGAAUGAGAACGAGAAAGGAAAUGGGGAUAAGAGGCGCCCUGAUGUGCCCUUGCGAGAGAACGUGAAAGAGACUAUACAUCCCUACCCAGGAAAAGACGUGAGAUACAGUCGUGCGGCCCUGUCGGGGAAUACCGACGCCACAAUAUUAGCUGCCUUUGUUUCGCUUGCACUCUGGAUGAUGUCGGUAACGUAA